AUAAGCAGCAUUUCUUGGCGAACGCCACCUGAUGACAGAGGAGCGAAAGGGUAUCAAAAAAAAUCAAAAGUUGUGUUUUUGUAUGCUCAGACGAUGUAUUUCGAUGAAGGAAUAGACAGUGAUGCACAUGGUAUGUCACGCUGUCGCGCAGAGCAAAUUUUGAAAUCUCACCACCAAGGCCCAUCUGGCCAGUGA